AUGGGCAGCACUGGUGUAAGUUUCUGAUUCUGAAAAUAUUCAUCUAUGUGUAACAUUUUGAAAGAACAGUUUUAUAAAGCAUACGGAUUUGAGAGGUGGUUUUUGACCACUUACCUUUAAGAACAUUACUCAUGUGUGAGAGCAGAACAUUUAAACUUAAAACAAUUAGUUAGCCAAUUUCAAAAUGCCAUCCCUUGCAUCAUCAACAACAUCAUCAUCAUUUUAUUUAUACCCUGCCCAUCUGACUGGGUUGCCUCAUCCACUCUGGGCAGCUUACAGCAUAUUAAAAAUAUAUAAUGAAACAUUAACUUCCAGAUACAGGGCUGCCUUGUAUGUCUUUUAAAAGUUGUGUCAUUCUUUAUCUUCUUGACAACUGAAGGGAGGGUGUUCCAUAGGGAGGGUGCCACUACUGAGAAGGCCCUGUGCCUGGCAUUGAAGUGGAAACUUUGGGACUAGGCUAUGCAGCUUUAUUGCAAAUUAUCCAGCCUGAGGAUUCCAGCAGUAACAGUAACAGAAACAAGGCAGGCAAAUUCUACUUCUAGAUUAUAAAAUACAUAGUCGAGUUCAAAAAUGGAGUCUCUACUUGAGUGGGGACCAGAGAGAUUUCCGUCUGCCGCAGAAUCAUGGUGGAAAAGGGGCUGAGUUUUGAGGCAAGGGGAAGUAAGAAAGGAUUAAACCCUUUUGCCUUUUCCCCACCAGAGAAUUCAAGGGAAGUGACCUCACACAGUGCCUUCUCUAAUAAUCAGGAACUCUGAGUCUUAACCCCUUCAUAUACUUAUUUAGCAAACAUGCAUUUUUAGAUUUUGACUGCAAAUCCCCACAAUUUACAUACUGAGGUUUCUUUUCAGUGGCUAGGUCAGUACAGAUCAUUUGUUUUCCCCCACCCCACUAGAUCUCAUCUGAUCAACAUAUAUCUAAAAGAACAAACAACCCUACCUUUUGAAUUACAGGAAAACACACAGUUGCAGAGUCAGUAACCCAACCUACAGAAGUAGAGUACAGUGGUACCUCGGGUUAAGUACUUAAUUCGUUCCGGAGGUCUGUUCUUAACCUGAAACUGUUCUUAACCUGAAGCACCACAUUAGCUAAUGGUGCCUCCUGCUGCUGCACCGCCGCUGGAGCACGAUUUCUGUUCUCAUCCUGAAGCAAAGUUCUUAACCCAAGGUACUAUUUCUGGGUUAAUGGAGUCUGUAACCUGAAGCGUAUGUAACCCGAGGUACCACUGUAUAGCCCUCCAUGCCAUGUGACAAUUGCAGCGUUCUCCAAUCUGCUGCCUUCUCUCGGAUGUUGUUGGACUGCAACUCCCAUCAUCCCUGACCAUUGGCCAUGCUCCUUGAGACUGAUGAAAGUUGGAGUCCAACAAGAAAUGAAGAGCACCAGCUUUGGGAAGGCUGUGAUAGGAGAUGGUCUCACGCAGAGCAUCUUAGUGUGUGCCACAGUCCUGUGCUGCCAGCCAGGGCAGAGCUCAGUGAAGGGAGAAGCCAGCCAACUAGCUGAGUCUCAGGGGUUUACUUGCCUGAAGGCAGAGUCCGUAUACAAGAUUCAGUCCAGUUCUAAGGUCAGGAGGAUCUCAGCUCACAUAGUCAGAUGAUCUGGGGGUCAAGAAAGCCGAGGGUCCAAGGUCACGAGAAGCAAGAAGCAGCAAGGUCUGGUCAGGAAGGACAAAUCUUGUUUCCAGCAACUGAGUAAGGCUGGAAACCCUGCUGUAGAAAGCUGGAGCCAGCUGGUUCUCAUCAGGAACAAGAAGGCUGAUCAGUAGCAGGUGGAGUCACUUUGCCUUCUCCUUCAAGUGAAGCUGACUUUUGGCCCAUGGCAGUAUGAGAACUUGGGGGAUGAUAAGCAAGUCCUUGUUUUUAUUGUCUGUGAAAUGGUGGAAGGUUUGCCUAUGUACCGUACUUUUCCCUGUAUAAGACUAUGUUUUUUUAUGUAAAAAUUAUGCUAAAAAUUGUGGGUCGUCUUAUAAAUGGAUAGUGGACGCUUGAUUGGUUGCUUCUGUGGCUGUCAGUGGCUCUUGGGCGUGUUAUUGGUUGCUGCAUCAAGGUCUGGUGCUGAUUGGCUGACACUGCGACAAUUGGACUGGCAAUUGGCAGCUUCUGCCGGUGAGGGGACAGAUGAGAGGCGGGUUUUGCGCUGCGUGCGGGUGAGCGAUUUUUGGCAACCCCCCUCCAAAAAAUGCUCAACAACUCUGAGCCAUCUCUUAAAUUCUUAAAUUUGAGUCCCCCAAAAUAGGGGGCUUCUUAUACAUGGGGGCGUCUUAUAUACGAAAAAAUACAGUAACUGCUUAUCCCUAAAGGUGGCUGAGGCCAUGGAGAUAAUGCUGAUCGCCGUGGUGGGUCCUGUCAUCCGCUGCGAGUGGCAACUUGGAAACUGGCAAGUGGCUUUAGUGACAACAGUGAGUAGAGUUUCUAACUUUUCUUUUAGGUUGAUAAAGGUGGGGAAAGAAGCUGUAGAAAAAGCAUUUCCCUCUACUGAAUAGCCAUUGUAUUUUUAACCAUCUAGGUAGGAACGUUUGUGUUGUCUCUUCCCUGUCCCUGUGUAUUUUGAUAUGUCAAUAAUAACAUCCUUUCUGGUCCAAUUCUCACAUUAUGCUCUAGGGAGGGAGAGAAAAAAAUAUUUCGGUUCACAGUAUGCAAACUGAAAUGCAGUUAUCCUUUGCACUUCUCCAAAUAUUGCAAUUUAGUUCUCGAAGCAAGUAAUGCGCAGAAAAAUGCAUAUAGCAGUUAUAGUGUGUGUGUGUGUGUGUGUGUGUGUGUAACAUUUCUGCAAACAAUUUUCCCUACUACAGAACAUUUUGCACACAGUUUUUCCCUAAUACAAAGUGCAUUGUAUUAGGGAAAAUUGUUUGCAGAAAUGUUUGUAUUAGGAGAAAAUAGCGCUAAAAUGCUGAUAAACCUUCACGAUAACGUUUUACAAAAGGAAUUGUAGUCACAAUUAAUUCUUUUGGUUAUGCAGUACACUGGACAAUUUACAUAUACUAAUUGGAAAAUUGAUUAAGUGAUUAUGUGAUUGGAAAUUUGAUUAACUGAUUAAAUGAGUGUUCAGUAUGUGCAUUAUGGUUUAGUAGAAUAUGGAAGAAUUUGCUGGGAAGUUUAAUUAUAUGGAUAUGAAUACAAAGGGGAAAUCUGUCUUUCUUACAAUGCGACAGAAAAAAGAUUAAAAGUUGGAUAGAGGAGAGUAUGAGAAUAUACAGGUGGCAAUGGAGGAUAUAAAUGACAUUUUCUCUAAUGAAUGAAAAACUAUGAAGACUGGAGAGAGGAAAAAGAAUUUUAAGAGAAAAUAAGCUAGAGAAGCUGAGAAAUCUAAGCAAGGAGAGGAGAGCAUUAAGGAGCUAUUUCAUGAAAGAGAUUCAAGAUUAAUGGAAAAAUUAAUGAAGUAUCAGAAGCAAUUAAAAGCGAUGAUAAAAAGUUCAAGAGGCUCAGAAAGAGGGUCAGACACAAGAGGAAGCAGGGAGAAAAUUAAGGAAGUGAUUGAUUAGGAUGCAAUAACUGGUUGAGAGAUUGCUAUUGAACAACACCUACGCAGACGUGAUGUUAGUAAAUUACAGGCAAAGGCUGAAUUGAUACAUUUACAAUUAAGACAGAUGAAUUUGAAGCUGAGAGGAGUUCUGGACGGGAAUGGUUUGGUUGGUUGGAGGCAAUAUUCAGGGGGUUCUUAGAAAUAGAUGAGGGUUGCAAAACUGGGACUGAAAGGGCAUCUAAGAUGAACUCAAGACAUGCAAAAAGAACAAGCUGGUUAGAUGGCAGGUGCUGGGUGGAUAGAGAGCGUUAAAGUAAAGAAUGCAUCAUUAAAGAAAAGAAGAACAGGAACAGCAUUAAAAACCAGCAGUCAUAACACUGAAGUACUUGCAAAUACAGUCGUACCUUGGAAGUCGGACAGAAUCCGUUCUGGAAGUCCAUUCAACUUCCAAAACAUUCGAAAACCAAAUCACAGCUUCUGAUCGGCUGCAGGAAGCUCCUGCAGCCAAUCGGAAGCCAUGGAAGCCUCGUGGACAUUCGGGUUCCAAAAGAAUGUUCGCAAACCGGAACACUCAUUUCUGGGUUUGUGGCAUUUGGGAACCAAAACGUCCGAGUUCCAGAGCGUUCAGGAUCCAAGGUACAACUGUAUAAGUUCAGAGUUAAGAUUUCUAACAAUAUGCUUGAGACAGAAAACCCAUCCUAGAUGGCACUCUCCCGUUUGUCUGAAUGCCCAACAAUUUAACAAAAUUCAUUUAUUUCCAAUCUCUUCAGAUGGUGUUUUUUGGCUAUAUGAUAUCCAGUGUCAUCUUUGGAGUUCUAGCUGAUCGAUACGGCCGCUGGAAAGUAAGUGAUGCUCUGUCUUGGUUGGGUCUCCAAUUUAAAGUUGCCACUACCUUUUAUUGCUUCUGUGUUUUUAACACCAGCCUGACAUGUAGGGAUGUAGCAGGAUACGUUUCUCCCAACCAACAUAGGAAGUAAGUUAUUUAUUUUGCAAUCCUUUUUUACACCAUAUCAGACCGAGAUUUUUUUCAUGCUAUGCUGUCUAGGAUCACUAUAACUGGGGAUCCCAGGGAUUGCACCUGGGGCCUUCUGCAGCCAAAACAUGUGAUGUAAUAGUAGUAGUAGUAGUAGUAGUAGUAGUAGUAGUAAAUAUAUUACUUACUUACUUACUUACUUACUUACUUACUUACACCCCACCCAUCUGGCUAGGCUCCCAACAGAAUAUUAAAAACACGAUAAAACAUCAAACAUUAAAAACUUCUCUAAACAGGGCUGCCUUCAGAUGUCUUCUAAAAGUCAGAUAGUUGUUUAUUUUCUUGACAUCUGAUGGGAGGGUGUUCCACAGGGUGGGCGCCACCACCGAGAAGGCCCUCUGCCUGGUUCCCUGUAACCUCACUUCUCGUAGUGAGGGAAUAGUAUAAGGAAGUACAGCACCCACAUAAUUUGCUGCAAGUAUGAUCAGUUCUUUCCACACACACUAAUAAUAAUAAUAAUAAUAAAUAAUUUUAUUAUUUGUACUGAGCUCAUCUGACUGGGUUGCACCAGCCACUCUGGACGGCUUCCAGUAUAUAUAUUGGAACAUAAUAAAACCUUAAACGUUAAAAAAAAAACUUCUCUACACAGGGCUGCCUUCCGAUGUUUUCUAAAUAGCCCCAUGGAUAUUGUAGAACUGGAAAUGUUGAACAAUGGAUGGGUGGCCCUAGGCAACAUUAAAUCAACACAGUUCAAUACUGUCUCAGCAGCCAGUGUGGAGUUUUGCUUGGGUGUCAGCUGACCUCCUUUCUCUGUCUGCCCUUUCAGAUUUUGUUCAUCUCUUUCAUUUGGGGAGCCUAUUUCUCCUUGCUGACAUCGUUUUCCCCUUCAUACAUCUGGUUCGUCUUCCUCCGGACCAUGGUGGGAUGCGGAGUCUCUGGCCAUGCUCAAGGGUAAUGUUGUGUUGCAAACAGCACGGGAGUAGGAGCAUCAGCAGAUGACAGCUGAGAACGCCACAUCAGGAAGACAGAUAAUCCAUAUCAAUACGCACUUGCUGAUCACUCAGUUUUGUGGUUAGGGAGGUGCUUCUGGUUCUGCAGCUGCUCUGGGAAACUCAGGUUGCAGUGAGGCACAAACUACCUUGUACUGAGGGCUUAUCCACACUUCCUCUCAUCCUGCUGCUUUCUCCCAGGGAAAACUGCUCUUUAGUGCUCAAUCGGAGCAAUGGCAAUUGGGUUUUCUGUGGAUUGCCAUUUGUUCCGAUUUAAACUAAAGAGCAGGUUUUUCUUGGGAAAGGAGUGGGGCAAAGGGAAAACCAUGCAGACCCAUGCCUUCUGGACACAGGACAAGUGAUAGGGUUAGGGUUAGUAGUGCCUAUACUGACUGGCAGCAGCUCUCCAGGGUUUCAGAGAUGCGUGGGAUAGAAUGGGGAACCUUCUGCAUGCAAGGCAGAUCUCUACCACUGAGCUAUGGCUCUUCCCCCAUAUCAUCUCUCUGUGAAUUUUUGGUGCAUUCGGUAAUUCAUAUACAGGUUUGCCCUGGGCAAAGUGUCCUCUGGUGUACUGUAACAGAGAUGGAUUUAGGGGAGCACCUCGGGUUUGGUUACAUUGGGUGCAGGGCAUCAGGGAUGCUGCAGCUAAGAUGUCGAAUGGAAUGCAAGAGGUGGGGGCACCAAAUUUUGGCGGUGCACAGGGUGCCACUGAAAUUUGAGACCCUGAGGUCCAUUCCUGGCCGUGAUGGACUUUCUGGCUAUACUGGAAGCUCUAACGACAGGGCUUGAGUAGGUCUAGCCAUCUUUAAAUUUGCACAACGCCCCAGACUGAUAGGGGCACUGUAGAUGCAGUAAGAUAUUAGGUUGGGGGUAAAUUGAAAGGAGGGCUAGGUUGAGCUACCAGGCACUGCUCUGAGUGCUGGGUCAAAUUUUUUUUUUUAAGUGGGUGAGGGUCCAGGGAGCAGACAUCAGCAGCAGGCCAAGUCAGCUGCCCAAGAACGCCUGGAGUGAUGCUGGCUAUCUUCCUAUACAUAUCUAGCUAUUGUGUACCAAGCGAGCAGAAUGCAGGAACAAGCGCUGCCAGUCACAGAAUCACAACUUGGGCCAGCUGGAACUAUGCAAAUAAACUUGUAUAUGGCUUAUAUAUUUUUUUGUCUCUGUAUAACUUUUUUUUUUUUUUGCUUUCUUCUUCUUCUUCUUCUUCUUCUUUAGGCUUAUAAUAAAAACAGAAUUUCUGCCAACAAAAUACCGAGGCUAUAUGUUACCGUUAUCACAGGUAAGCUAGAAGUUACGCUCACUGAAAAACAAAAUGUGGAAAUUGCUGCAAGUUUGUUUUGGCUCAGUCUGGCUCACAGCUGUGCUGUCUGGGUGACUGCAGGUAUAUUUGCAUCUAUGGUUUUCUUCAGGUGUGUCACAUGAGGCCGGUUUUUGAACAUGCGCACCAGCUCAAAUUUGAAAGACUCAAUAUGAAAAAAAACACCUCAGGAUUUUCUGUGUUUUCUAUAAGGCUUCCAAAUGCCCCAGAAUUGCACAAUUUCCUACUUCUGUCUGUGAAAUAUCUCCAUCGUCUAUCUGUGUUGCUACCCUUUGCAUCAUGAAAUGUGUGCACCUUUAUCCAGGGAAUAAAUUUAUUCUCCAAUAAAUUGGAUGCUCCAUAUAUCACAUUCUGAGAAAGUCUGGCAGCUGACAUUCAACCUUCCAGGGCCAAGUUGAUGAGUACAUUGCUUACUUUAUCAAAAUCCGUAUUGACAGUUUCCCAGUCGGAAGCCAGAGCGCAUAACUAAAUCUCUUUGCUUAAUAAUAUUUUAUGUGGCAACAGCAGCUUGAAGGAAAUCAUGAAUGCUGAUGUGACUGUGUGGAGAGGAACGGCUGCUAAAACAAAUAAUGAGAAGAAAAUCCCAUCACCUUGUGUUUUAACCUCUGUUUUCCCCCCAUUUGACAGGUGUUUUGGUUGGCAGGCUCCUUAUUAAUUAUUGGACUGGCGUCAGUGGUUAACCCAACCAUUGGGUGGCGGUGGCUAAUACGAAUUGCCUCUCUGCCGGGCAUUGUUCUCCUCCUAGCAUUUAAGGUUUGGAAGACUUACAACCAAGUUACUAGUAUACAGAGUUACAUUCUGCUGUGGGCUAAGUCAUGUAAAAUGCCUGAACAUACUUGCUGAUCUGAUCAGUCUUUGGCCGCGUCCAGUCAGACAAACCUAUGUGGUCUGGCAAUUGUGGAUAUAGAUAGCGGCAAUUUCCAUGAUCAUAGCAGCACAUUUCCCAGGAUGUCUUCUGACUAAUUAGGGGUGGUCCACGCUCGUCCCCAUGUGCACCUGCCCUAGGAUGGCUCACGUGGACGGAAAAAGUGUGGUGUGAAUUGACCAACACAGUGUCUUUGUAUUAAUGUUGCUGUGAGUUCUAUAAGCUUGCAAGAGUAAGUAAAAUCUGCUCUUUAUGUUAGUAAGACCUUGGCAGGAAGGCUGUAACAUGCAAGGUGAUGCUAGAAGCUCUGCCACUUAACUUUUCUAACCUGUUUGCCUUUGCAGUUUAUCCCCGAGUCUGCUCGCUAUAAUGUGUCUUGCGGGAAUGACAAAGCUGCUCUUGCAACGCUGCAGUGGAUUGCUAAGAUGAACCGAUCUGUUAUGCCUGAAGGAAAGUUGGUAGAACCCACUGAUGUAAGAUUCAGAAUACUGCCAUUGUACAGAGUGAUCAGAUGACAAAAAACAAGGAGCUCCUCUCAGUCCUCAACCCUUUCAUGCCCUCCUUCCUUACUUGGAUAGGUUAACACAGUUAACCUACUUUGCAGUACAGUGGUACCUUGGGUUAAGUACGGUACUUAAUUCAUUCCGGAGGUCCGUUCUUAACCUGAAACUGUUCUUAACUUGAAGCACCACUUUAGCUAAUGGGGCCUCCUGCUGCCGCCGCGUGAUUUCUGUUCUCAUCCUGAAGCAAAGUUCUUAACCCGAGGUACUAUUUUUGGGUUAGCGGAGUCUGUAACCUGAAGCAUAUGUAACCCGAGGUACCACUGUACUGGAUACGGUUAUCUGAGGGUGGGAAAACCAGCCAUGCAUGCCAGCUCCUGUUCUAAAUGCGAACACACAGAAGCAAUCUGUAUGCUUACAAGGAAGAGGGUGAGGGAAGGAAAAACAUGGAAUGUCAGCAGCUUCACAUAUCCUCUAAGCCAGCUUUUGGCAACCUGAUGCCCUCCAGACUCUUUGGGCUAUAACUCCCAUCAGCCCUAACUAGCGUGGGCAGAGCUGCUGUGAGUUGUAGUUCAAAGCAUCUGGAGUGAAGGCUAUGCAAAAUGUGUGGCUGGACCAUGCUAGUCCUCAUUGUCCAUCCACUGAAAGAUGUGGUUUGUUUUUGUUUUUGAAAAUAGAUGGGGGGAAAUUGACCCACAAGCUGCAUGCCGGCCACACCAUAAUUUCAUGAGGCCCACAGAGAUGCCGUAUCCAAGAGUAUGGGAAAGGGGAAUGGGAAGGCAGAGAGAGAGGGAGAGAAUCCUGCAAACUUGUGGCCUUCGGUUCUGGCUUCGCACACUUUUGGCUCUAGCCCAGCUUGCCAACUACCAUUGGCUGCAGCACACAAUGGACUUCUCACUUAAAUCGGUGGCAUUCUUUGGGAGCGGGGGAAAGGUUCCUACUGCUGAUUUAGGGCAAUUUCAUUGGUUCUUAGUUUUGUUUAGCUUUAUUCCGGGUGCUCACAGACAGGGCACAGAGAUGAUGUCCUUCCCCUGUAUCAGGGCCAGUCCCAGAUGGGGAAGAAGCACAAGAGAAACACAGCAGCUUCCCUGGUGCUCCACAAACACGCAUACGCUUCUACAGGGCCAGUGUGGUGUAGUGGUUAAGAGUGGUGGACUCGUAAUCUGGUGAACCGGGUUCGCUUCCCCGCUCCUCCACAUGCAGCUGCUGGGUGACCUUGGGCCAGUCACACUUCUCUGAAGUCUCUCAGCCUCACUCACCUCACAGAGCGUUUGUUGUGAGGGAGGAAGGGGAAAAGAGAUUGUUAGCCACUUUGAGACUCCUUCGGGUAGUGAGAAAGCGGGAUAUCAAAUCCAAAAUCCUCUUCUACUACUACUUCUAGCCUUUAGGCAGCGGCCCACAGGUCUGAGCCCUACAGAGCAGUUGCAGCAACAGUAGGGCCCCUCCCCUCUUCUGGCUUACAUGCUUUCCUCUGAGACUUCUCCUGCAGGGAAGUCAUUGCUGCUCUUCCCUUUUCAAGCCCCUCCUAGUUCUAGGAGGUGGUGGGACCUGUCUCUCGCCUGAACCAUCCCUUCUUCCUCCAUCAUGUCCUGUGUGCCUUACUCAAACUGUCCUGACUCUCCCUUCUCCUCUGGCUCCUGCCUUGCACAUCCCAUAAAUCACUGGUCCCCUUGCCUGGGUCUCUUGCCUCCACCACAAACUCUUCACAGCCUUACCAUUCCCUGACACCCUGCCAUUUGUCUCCAGCACCUGGUAUACAAAAGUAUGCUACCUCUGUAUAUUUUGUUGUCAUGGCUAAUUGCUGUUAACAGAUCCAUCCUCCACGAACCUUUCCACUUUGCUAGAUGACAUGGACUCUACUCCUGAAACUGCCUCCAAGCUUGGGCCUUCAGAAUUGCAGACUUCAGGGCUUCAGCCGCACAUUCCCAAUGUGUUUCAUGCUGUUCCUUUUCCAUUCUUUUCAGGAAAGAAGGGGUAGGUUAAAAGACCUAAUGGAUCCCAAGUACUUACGGACAACUUUGCAAAUAUGGAUUAUAUGGUAAAUGUGUUUGAUUUGCUUCUUUCAGAUGACAAUGCAUAAGCAAAUUGAAAUCGAUGGAAUCGGUCAAGGGAGUAAGCUCAGAUGCAGCCUAUGGAUCAAAGCUAUUAUUCAGAAACUAGUCAGUCAGAAUGGGAGAAAAUUGGUUAUGGUAAUUGAACUCACAAUUCCCUUUUUUCCCCAUUUCAUGAAAAGGACUAUAUUCUGCCAGCUGCCUCUGUGUUGCAGGCAGAGGGACCAGAAUAGCAGCUAAUGACAUUCCGCUUAAAAUCUAUUGCUCUCUCUCUCUUUUAUAAUUUGGGAAAGUAAACGUGGAUAAAAGAUGAAUACAAAACAGAUUAUAAGACUGUAUGAGAAGCACUUGUAUAUGUCUAGAUCCUUUGAAAUGGUGCUAUUGUAUAGAAUUACAGUGCAACCGCUGCUUGCCAGAAAUUCAGUCCAUGAUCUUACUUUGUUGGACAUGUCAUUUAGCUGUUUAAACAUGCCCACAUGCCCACACACUCUGAAUUCUGCUAAACGCAUUGUUAUAGCUGUGAGACAUAGUGGUACGUACACAGCAAACCUGUCCAUGCAUUUGUGGCAUAAUGAGCUUGCUUUCUCUUGCAGUGUUGCAACCUGUCAUCGGACUCCCAGUCCCUUCAUUGCUCAAGUUGGGGUUUUUUGCUCAUCUGUCUAAAAAGUGGCUCAUGGGUUCAAGGUGGAGGGAACUAGAAUUUAGGGAUUUAGUCUUGGUAGAAUCCCCAGUACAUGCUAGCAUGUGAACAGAACCUUUGCCAAUCUGGCCAUAUGUUCAAAAUUCUGCUCCAAUAGACUAUUCAAUGUCCAGUGAUCAAGACAUUUAGCGCUAUGUGUUAUCCAGUCUUCAUGUAGAAGUGUAAACCUGUAAGAGAGUUAUAUGUCCAUGCAUAGAUAGAUUCACAUACACAGACACUGCAUGUAACAUUUCACCUUUACCCAGGAGGGAAUUUCAUAGAACCAUAGAAUUGUAAUAAAUGGGGAGCUGCCACAGAGAAGGCCCUGCUUUGGCCCUGCCCCCUGGACCACACCCAUCAGCAGAACCACCAGCAAGACUCCCCCUCCCCACAUGGAUCUUAAGGCCAGAGCUAGUUGAUAUUGGGGGAGGCAAUUUUCAAAGUGCUUUGGCCCCAGAGCAUUUGUACAUCUUGAAUUGCACCUGGUAGCUCAUGAAUAGUCAGAACAAUGUUUCUUAAGAUUGGUAGCGCAUGGGCCCAACCUGCUGCCCCACUCAGCAGCUGCAUUUUACACCAGCUGUAGCUUCCAGAUUAUGUUUGUGGGCAGGCCCACACAGAGUAAAUGGCAGUGCUUCAAGAGGGAUGUCACCAGAACAUGACGCCAGGCUGUCCAGGAAUGGCCAUAGCUAGCAAAACCGGCUGGAGAUGGAUGUAAGCACUUCCUGACACCCAAACCACUUGGUCCUCGACUGACAGAUUUUAACUGAGGAGCAUUCUCAGGCUACAUAUCUGUUCCUUUAGGCCAUAGGGAGUGCAACAGGUUGCCCUCCUGAUUCCUGGGCAGGAGAACCAGCCACCCAGAAUAUGUCUGUCUCAUCCAGCCCAUCCUGCCUUCAGGCCGCUAGCACAUUCAAAGCCUUGUGCAAGCAAGGAGCAGGGAAGGGCAACAUGCCUCUGGGUGUUUGGAUGUUGCUUUCCCCUCCUUUUGAAACUGCAGGUUUUUUCAUUAAUCCUGCCAAUGUCUUAAUCUGUUUACAAUUGCUUUGCAAAUACUCAAUAAACCAUUUCUAUUCCUUUCUAAAAAUAAAUAAAUGUUAUCUUGAUUUCUUAUUCUCUCGAUAUAAAUUUUAAAAAAUAAAAAAAACUGUCCAGUAGCACCUUAGAGACCAACUAAGUUUGUUCUGGGUAUAAGCUUUUGUGUGCAUGCACACUUCUUCAGAUGUUCAGAUUAUUUUCCUGGUUAGUUUCACCAUUUCUGCGUAGUCCAUUAACUUCUGUAUCUAUUCUUCUCUCAUUGGGACCUCUUCUUCCUUCCAUUUUUGGACAAAUAACAUUCUUGCAGCAGUGGUUGCAUACAUAAAUAAAUUUCUACACUGUUUAGGUAGUUCUGAUCCCAUAAUUCCCAAAAGAAAAGCUUCUGGGUUUUUUUAAAUAAAUGUUAUCUCAAACAUCUUUUUCAGUUCAUUAUCAUUUCCCAGUAAGCUUUAACCUUAUUACAAUUACAAUGAAAAGGGUACCUUCUUUCUCUUUACAUUUCCAGCACAUAUUUGAUUUGGAUUUAUACAUUUUUGCCAAUCUACUAGGUGUUAGUUACAAUCUAUAAAACAUUUUCAUAUACCUUAUUUUUCGCUCUAUGAGAUGCACCCAACCAUAAGACGCACCUAGUUUUAAAGGAGGAGAACAAGAAAAAAAAUAUUCUCUCCCUCUCUGCGCAGUGCCUCUCCAGCAAAGCGGGAGGAGAAAUGGAAGGGGCUCCGUUUCUUCUGCUGCUUUGCUGAAGGGGUGCUGCACAGCUUUCCCUCUCUCCAGCGAAGCAAAGUCAGAACAGCAAGAGGGAUCACUGCACAGCGAAAGCAGCGAUCCCUCUUGCUGUUCUGGCUUCAGGAAUAGCUGCGCAGCCUGCAUUUGCUCCAUAAGAUGCACACACAUUUCCCCUUACUUUUUAGGAGGGGAAAAGUGUGUCUUAUAGAGCGAAAAGUACGGUAGUUUUCUCUUAAACUAUAACAUGCUGUAAAUUUUAUAUCCACGUUCCAUAAACAUUCCCAUUCUUCCAUUUCUAUUAUGACCAAUAUCUAUUGCCCAGUGUAUCAUUGAAGAUUUCACUUGUUCAUCCUUUGUCUCCCAUUCCAAUCACAUAUUAUACAUUUUAGACAUCACUUUAACAGGUCUCUUUCUAGUUGUGAUGUUUGUUCCCCAAACCCCCACUUCAUAUCCUUUUAAAAUACUUCAUUCAGGUGGUGAUAUUGAGCAUCCGUGAGAUAUUCACUACGUUGAAGAAUUUAACAUUUCGGCAUCUACUUCAAUGAAACUAGGAUUUAUUUGUAAUUGUUGAAAAGUGCUCCAGAGGUGUAAUUUAAUAGCAGGCCUUGUUUCCAUAUUGUAGCACAGAGCUGUUUUAUGAAUUGCAAUUAUUUUCAGAUCCCACAGUAGUUAAGCUCUGUGUGUUAUUAACUGGCUGAAUUGCUGUCGCCAAUGCCCUCGGUUGCUCUCCUUUCUAACAUUUCCCCCUCUUUUUCAUAGGCUUGGGAUAUCCUUUGCUUAUUAUGGUAUCAUCCUGGCCAGCGCAGAGUUGCUGGAGAAGAAUCUGGUUUGUUCCACAGGGGGAGGAGGAACCAGCAAAGGGGAUGAGUUGGGGGAUUAUUCCGAGGAGACUCACAGCCCGUGCCUCUGUCAUCACUUCGCCCCGUCCGAUUACCAGAUCAUGAUCAUCAGCACAAUUGGAGAGAUCGCAUGUAACUUCUCCUGCUCUAUCUGUUUAUAAACAGGGUGUGGGUAAAUCUCUAAAGCAGAGGCAGGGAAGCUGUGGCCCUCCAGAUAAUACUGGACUCCAGCUCCCAUCAGCCCCAGCCAGAAUGGCCAGCAAUCAGGAACGAUGGGAGUUGUGGUCCAACAGUAUCUGGAGGGCUACAUCUUCCCCACCUCUGUUCUAAAGGUCACAGAACAGGAGCCACAGACCCACACAAAGGAAUCUUAGGAAGUGUACUGGGAGGGCUAAUUUACUUUUUAUUUUCACUAGUUAUAAUCAUUGCAAUGCUUAAAAGGCUGGCUGUGUGAUUAAGUUGUGGCCAUUUUUAAUCCAGAGCAUUGUUGGUUUAAGUCUGUACUGUCCCACCUCACACAUUAUUAGGCCAGAGACACUGUGACUGGGACCAUGUCUGCAUUUCCCUUCUCAAUGCGCUCUCAAGAAAAUAAAUCUGUGGCCCUUUUGUCACUUUUCCUUUCCCCGCAUUAACUCCGGUAAUGUGUCCAAAACAUUCCCAGUAAUCACAGAGAAGUAAUAAAGCAAGUAGCUGUUGAAAGUGUCUCCCCUGAGGCUGGAGUGGGGCAGGUAUAAACACAGCAUAAUAGCUCAGUCGGGUCAUCUGAUUCUACAGCCUGACGUUCUCCCCUUUCUUCUUUUCCAGUAAAUCCUCUAAACAUUCUGGGCAUCAAUUUUCUGGGAAGGCGUCUCAGCCUGACAAUCACCAUGGGAUGCACUGCCGUCUUCUUCCUCCUGCUCAAUAUAUGCACUUCAACGUAAGUGUUUUCGGGUGGGCUGUGUGUGGGCAAAGUAAGAUUGAAACAGUCCUGUUUGCACUGCACCUCACACCUUUCCUGCACCGGUGAUGUCUACACUCUGUGUGCUAGUUGGUUAACUCUGAAAAUGCAACUCACUUUCAUCCCUCCCUACCAGAAUGGCCAUUCCUGUUUCAGGAACUACACUCUUCCUAGUUUGUCAGGGUUAAAGAUGGCAAGAGCUAUCUGCAGUGCGGAUGCUUCCGGCACCUGCAGAAACUCAGCAAUGUGCUUCCUUAUCAACAUUGCAUGCCGCAGAAAGCUUGAUCCAGAACAGCCACUGCCAACCUGAUGCCCUGCAGAUGUAUUUGACUGCAGCGCUCAUCAGACCCAGAGGGCAUGAGUUUGGCAAAAGCUGAUCUAGAACUUUAGCAGACUCCAGCUGACUGUAACUGGCAUCUUGAGGGUUGCAGGAGGUCACCAAACAGGGGGAAUCCUGGAGUUGGUGCACCUACAAAUGUGACAGAACUAUAAUUCAUGGGGGAAACUCAGGGUUCUCAAUGCUAAUGUAGGAGAGGAUUUGCAGAGGAGAUUCAGCAGGCAGGAGAGAGUUCUUAGCCCUUGCGGUCCUGCCAAUUCUCCCCUGCACAGCAGCCCCUCAGUUGUUUUUAGUUAAAUUUCUCCCCAGUUAACUUCUGAAACCAGAAGUAAGCCUAGACAGGGGCAUGGAAUGACCUUGGGGGACAUUUGCUUAGGAAAACCAGCACAUUUGGAAGAAGUUAAGAACCCCUCCUUCCCACAGCCUUUCCCUAUAACUAGCAAUGGGCCUAUCUGUCAAUCUUUGCUUCUCUCAGCUUCUCAUUUUUUCUUCAGUUUGGUUCUCUGCACAUCUCUAUAUCGGAUUGUGAUUAAAAACAACUGCUCAUGAAAAUUCACCAGCUUUUGAGUGCACAUUUCUCCCAACAGACAUAGCUUUGCAAGCACUUUUGUCUGUUGUUUUCACCAAUUAUAUGCACUUUACUCUAAAGCACAUUUAAUCCCAAUAAACACAUUUUUGUACACAUUACUUGAUUGACAUCACAUUUCUCCUUCUCUUCCACUGAAUUUCUCCUUCCUUACCUGUGGGGAAGAAACUAAGGUAGGGAGAAGGCCUGGUGGUAUGACCGGAAAGGACCAAAGUUGCCACGUAUAUACAAAUGAGUGCAGGUGUGGACACCUCCGGUCAUGUUCAAAUAAUGCUCAAAAGUGGGCAAGCCUUUAUAGUAAAGGCCUCUUGCACCUCCAUUAGCUCAACAAAAUAUGGUUUGGAAACUUUCAUUUGCCAGAUAACGUCCAGUUUUGCCUUUUAAUAAAUAUACAUUACAGUUCCCAAAGCAAAGGCGGGGGGACAUGGGUGGUGCUAUGGUCUAAACCACAGAGCCUAGAGCUUGCUGAUCAUAAGGUUGGCAGUUCGAAUCCCCGCGACGGGGUGAGCUCCCGUUGUUCAGUCCCUCCUCCUGCCAAGCUAGCAGUUCGAAAGCACGCCAGUGCAAGUAGAUAAAUAGGUACCACUCCGGCGGGAAGGUAAACGGCGUUUCCGUGUGCUGCUCUGGUUUGCCAGCAGCAGCUUAGUCAUGCUGGCCACAUGACCCAGAAGCUGUACCCUGGCUCCCUCAGCCUAUAGAGCGAGAUGAGCGCCGCAACCCCAGAGUCGUCCGCGACUGGACCCUAACAGUCAGGGGUACCUUUACAUGCAAUGUCUAGGAAGCUUAUAGCUUCUCUGUUUACUCUAGGCAGUGAGCCUAAACUAUGGGCUGAGUCAAUAUGGCCACUCUAAUGUAAAAAUUAUGUGACGAAGCAGCGUGAACUUCAAACCAGUUUUGCUUCAGCAUGCAGCUCCUGGCAAUGAAUGGUGUUUGUGCCAGUAGAGGAUGUUUGAGGAUGCCAGGGUGAACAAAGUGUACCAGCUGAUUAAUACCAAGACUUUAAUCUUGGUUAAUUGCUUGACUUACAUAAGCUUGCAAUAAACCUCUGUGUUAUUAUGAGAGAGAGAGAGAGAGAGAGAGAGAGAGAGAGAGAGAAUAUGUCACACACAAAAAUGAAUUAUGUUGCUUCAGUGGUGCAGAUGAGUCAGGUAUCUAUAUCUAUAUAUAUGCAGAGCUAGAGCUGGAGAUAUAUAGCUAUAUACUGGUUUUCUGCUUCUUCUAAGGAGAGGGUUGAAUAAUUGCAUUGGGCAUCAAAGCUUUUGUUGUUGUUGUUGUUGUUGUUGUUGUUUAGUCGUGUCUGACUCUUCGUGACCCCAUGGACCAGAGCACGCCAGGCACUCCUCUCUUCCACUGCCUCCCGCAGUUUGGUCAAACUCAUGCUGGUAGCUUCGAGAACACUGUCCAACCAUCUCGUCCUCUGUUGUCCCCUUCUCCUUGUGCCCUCCAUCUUUCCCAACAUCAGGGUCUUUUCCAGGGAGUCUUCUCUUCUCAUGAGGUGGCCAAAGUAUUGGAGCCUCAGCUUCAGGAUCUGUCCUUCCAGUGAGCACUCAGGGCUGAUUUCCUUAAGAAUGGAUAGGUUUGAUCUUCUUGCAGUCCAUGAGACUCUCAAGAGUUUUCUCCAGCACCAUCAUUCAAAAGCAUCAAUUCUUUGGCGAUCAGCCUUCUUUAUGGUCCAGCUCUCAAUUCCAUACAUCACUACUGGGAAAACCAUAGCUGACAUCAAAGCUUUACCGCCCUGAAACUCUUCAGCCCAUGCAGUAUCUACUACCCCUCCCCUAACACCCCAUACAUUAUAUGCUAGGAGUUCUGGGAAUGAUUUGGGAUGCAGGAUAGGUCAUAUUUGGUGGAGGGGCCAGGGCAGCAGCAAAUGCCCAUCUGCUAGAAUAGCUUUUUUUGUUUUGUUUUAUGCGCUGUCUGCAAAUGUAUGCGUCUCUUGUGACUUGGCUCAUUCAAACCAGUCGGAUUGCAUUGGCGCUUGGAACAUCCAGGUCUUUGUUCUAGAGUUUAGGCACACGGUGAGCACAUUGGAAUGCACUCCGCCAGGAAAUUAGGGUGGUGCCAAGCGUUUGUUCUUUUAGGAAGCCCUUUCCAAGGUUUGUUUAUUUUUUUAUGUAACCAGGAUUUUUCAGGAUAGCAUUGUUAGAUAUAGCUCUUGCCGCUUUUACAGCAGGAUUUCACGUUUUGUUUUUUUUAACAUUUUUUAAAAAGAACAAUAAACUCUAGGUGAGGACAGAAUGUAUCUUCUGGAAACUCCUGAGAAGAUGCCACAUUUAUGUUGAUAGGGUAAAAGGCCAUUGCUCAGAGCAGAACAUCCGUUUUGUAUGCUGUAGGUUCAUGGCUUCAAUUCCCAGCACCCUAGGUAGAGCUGGGAGAGGAUCCUGUCUCAAAACAGCCAUUGCCAGUCCCUGUAGUAGAGCCUUGUGUAGGCAAUACCGAGCAAUAGACAAAUGUUCUGACUCAUUAUAAGGCAUCUAAUUGAACCCAGUUAUUUUAUUGAGACCCUUACACAUUCUAGUAGUAUAUGGCCAGGGAUGUGUGUGAUUGGCUAAGAUUGGAUAAGACUGCAAGCUACAUAUUUAUUUAUUUAAACCAGGCUUCCUCAAACUUGGCCCUCCAGAUGUUUUGGGCCUACAACUCCCAUGAUCCCGAGCUAGCAGGACCAGUGGUCAGGGAUGUUGGGAAUUGUAGUCUUAAAAGAUCUGGAGGGCCGCGUUUGAGGAAGCCUGAUAUAAACUAUUUAUAUACCAACCUUCCAUUUAAAAGCGCCACAGGCAGCUUAGAUCAUAUUAAAACAGAGAAGUUGUGGGGCCUCUCCAGGUGCUGUUGGACUACAACUUCCAUCAUCCCUGAUAACCAGCCAUGCUGAGACUGAUGUAAUUUCAGCUCCAGCGACAUCGAGAGAGCUGUAGGCUUUUCAUCCCUGAAUUCAUCUCUGAAUCUGAAAACGCACAAAAAGCAACAGGAAAUGUCAGGGUUCCCUUGGAGCAGUCUAGAACCACAAAAAGGCUUCCAAUCUUUUUAAAGCAUUUCAGAGGGAUCCUUCCCAUUCUCUCUCCAUUCCUUCCCAGCUCUCAUCCAGGCACAAACAGACUUUCUGGGCACCACAACUACCAUUACUUGCCGUGGGAGAGUCUUAAGUGGCUCUGCUUCUUCUAAGGGUGCCCGCACACAGUUGCUCCAAGCAUCCAUCCUCUCCUGUGUGCUGUCUUUGAAAAGGGUCACCACUUUUGAAGUUAUUCAUAUAAAAUCCCCCUUUAUGGAAUUCUUUGUACGACGUACAAUCAAGGACCUCAAAUCAAAUGCUGGAUAAUGAUGUGAAUUUCCCCAUGCACCCUCUUUCUUCCUUUUCUAACCAGCUCGGGCCUCAUUGGUUUUCUCUUCAUGUUGCGUGCCUUGGUCUCUGCAAAUUUCAACACCAUCUACAUUUACACAGCGGAGGUGAGAUGCUUUUGAACCCGCGAAUUGUGGAAGGGGAGGAACACACAACAGAGGUCUCUCAUCAUAGCUUUCCAUAAUAAAUGGGAAAUGUAGAUUGACAAUUCAGCUCAGUGCAUAUUUACUCAGAAGUAAGUAUCAUUUAAUCCAAUGAGACUCCCACACUAAGUGAGUAUGGGGUUGAAGCCUUAGCUGGGUAGCUGGAAGGAGCAAGCAGGCAGUGCACAGCUAAAAAUAUUUCUGUUCAAUUCUUGGGAUUUGGAUGGUGCUGAUAUGCCUGAGCAGGACUAAAUGAUACUUCCUCUCUUAAUGAGUAAAGGCGGUGGUGCUUGAACAAACAGCGCCAUGCUUACCAAUGAGGGAUAGUCUUAUCCACACAUUACCUACAGUACCACUCCUUUUUGUGAUUUAACAGAGCAUUGUAUGCUUAUAUUGCAUACAUGAACAAACCUAAAUGAUUUAGCAGCUCAUAAAAGUUGGUGCGCAACAGAAGAACCACCUCAGAUCAACUCUUGCUUGGUAGUAAAUGCUACUCUGUUCUUCACAGGCUGACAUAAGAAAAGCUGUGUUAGAUAAGUAUGGAAUAAUUUAUAAUCUUCCACUUUGAGUCACCUGUUCUCAUGUAUAUCUGAAGUCCAGAAGUGAAUAGCUGAGGCUGAUUUUGACAUUAGUUUUUUGUGGGGGGUUUUAAGGCAAAAAAAACCUCUUUCAACGUCUGGAAACCUGAAGUUGGAUAUUUUAUCAUUUUUUGCUGUCCAAAAAAAUAGUUGAAAUGUCCAAGUAACAAAACAAUAACCAAGAAAAAUUCAACAUUUUUAUAUUUCCAAACAGCAAUGUUUUGCUUUCAUUGCUUUCAUUAUUAGUCUUUGUAAACUAAAUGGGCACAAAAAUUAAGCGUAUUGUAUUUUCACAUUUAAAUUAAUGGGGCUUUUUUAAAAAAAGCCUUAUUUUUGACUCGAUUCUGCCAAAUAACAUUUUUUAAAGCAGUAUCUUUUACAAGAUUGUCACUAGAAUCUUCUGCAGAUACCAUCUCUGCAGAUACCAUCUCUGGCCACCUAAACUCUGGGACCCACAAUAGAUGCUCAGUUUCCCAGUUUCUCUUUCCUUCAGUCUAUACUAUAGAUCUGAUCUUGAAUUAUAUAUUACUGUAUUAUAGGUUUAUCCAACUAUCAUGAGAGCUGUUGGCCUUGGCACUAGUGGUUCUGUAUGUCGUAUUGGUGCUAUGGUGGCACCUUUUAUAGCCCAGGUAAGAUGACUUUCAAUAAAGUUACUUAAAUAUAUUGUUUCAAUUCUUUGGUUUCUGACCUGAAUUCAUGUGUAUUCUCAUCCACAUUUUUAAAUCAGAGGAUGAUACCAAAGCUAAUGUUGACCUUUGUCAAGCUAUUCUUGCUUUUGGAGGAUCUUCAAAGGGCACCUCCAGACUGCUGUUUUAGUGCAGGUGUAUUCCCCAAUAAGUUCUUGACGCAAUAGCAGUGUGUUUAUCCUGCAUUAUUAGUUGUUCUGUGAUGCUUUUUCAAUGCUACCCUGCCUGGAAGGGCUAUGGUGCAACAAAAGUGGGGCAGAAAACAAACCAGAACAUUCUUAAUAUAAAAAGUUACAAGUAACGAGAUGUGCAUUGAUUGCAAAUGAAGUAGUAUAGCCGCCCUGAAACCUUUGCCACACAAACAGUAUUUAAAGAGGAAUCAUGUAUGACCCCCCUGAUAGCAUCACAAGCACAAAUCAUCAUGGAUAUGCAAUUAAAAAAUUAUGUCUAGAGGGGCCCUAAGCUAGAGUAGUACUAUUGUAUUCCCAACUAUUGUAUUCCCAACAACUACAUGUCGCAACACCAUCUAUCACCAUAUAUUAUAUGUUAAAAUAAUCCUAGAUUAAAGCCUGAAAAGGUAUGCCUCCAGGUACCAGUUGUUGAAAAUUUCAAAUGGGAAGAGUAGUGUUGCAGCCAAGUGCUGUUUGUGGGCUUCCUGCAGGAAUCUGGCUGGCCAGUGUGAGACGUGGAUGAUGGACUGGAUAGGCUUCAUGGCUCUUCUUAAAGGCUUGUGCACUGAAUUGUUGGCCAACAUGCUAAACUUUGAACUUUGAGAAAGCUAGAAAGGAAAUCCUAUGGGCUUAAAUAAAAAAAAAAAAAGCGUUUGACCAAGUUGCAUGGCAGCGUUGCACUAAUACAUUGUUUCUUUGCAGGUGCUCAUGAAUGCUUCUUUCUUGGGAGCACUUUGCCUUUUCGCUUCUGUUUGUAUCGUGUGUGCUGUCUCUGCUUUCACUCUGCCCAUUGAGACCAAAGGGAGAGCGCUUCAGGUUGGUAAACCCAUCUUCUGUAGUGUAAGGUCAGAAGCAGGCUCCUGCACUGCCGAAGGCCACCGCGGCAGCUUCCUUUGAACUUCACCCCAUUAUGAAAAACAAACAAAUCUCAUAGGAGGCCUCUCCACAUCAGGAGCAAUGGAAAUUGGUCAUACCGUGAAUUUCUGUUUGAAGAGUGGACUAGAGGACGUUUGCUUAGCAGAAUGACUCCUCCCACGUCCUGUUAACUGAAUGUCCUCCAGUCCACUGUCGCAAAUGAUAACCUUUAUGCCAUCCAUAUGCCUACCUGAAGGAACUUGAAGACCCCAAAAUAGGAGUGAUUAUUUGUAUCAUAAGUCAAAGGGGGCUUGGGUUGUAUAAUUACAACUGACUCAGUCUAAUCUAUUUGCAAAGGGAGCUAGUUAAGAGACUAACUGCUUGGAUAUAUUGACGUAGGUGCACACCAUUAACUGCCCCAAUUCAGACUGGGGCCAGUGGGAUUUCCAAAUUACAGCUUGCAAGCCUGAUGAGCUCCAAUUUGUGUCAUUCAAGAAUAAUAAUUCAGGCCUUUGGGAGGAACCAAGGCAGUGAAGCUAUUUAUGAUAUUUAGGAGUAUUGGUGACUGAUUGUUUGUGUAGCAUAACAUGCCUUCUUAUAUUUAAAGACUGUAUACUUGCUGUAUACUGCCCUGUAAUUGUUUAAUGAAACACAGUAAUGAAAGACAGUCUAGAAAUAUUCUGUAUGUUUAUAAUUAAUAAUAAUUACCAGCAAACUAUCUGAGUUAUUGGGAAAAUUAAAAUCAUUGAGUGGGGCCUGCAGCAAAAUGAUAUAUACUAUACAAGAAUGCUCCUGGAAGAGACAGAGAAAGACACCUUUCACCCUUUCCUGAAUCUUGGCUUUGGAGAUGCCUGCCAACCUCAAAUUCAAGGGUAUUGUUGCUACAUCAAGGUUUUUGGAGGCUGGCAAUGAGAAAAGGUCUGUCUUUUCCUCUCCUCUUCUAAAACCUCAGUACAGUGCAGGGAGGGAUUUUUUAGCCCUACAAGUGAUUAUCAUCUUGUGCCUCAUUCUGUGUCCAGGACACUAUAUAAGUUCUUAGGCACUCAGCUGACAAAUUUCUUCUUACUGUUUCCCUUUUCUUCUCCUGCCCCCCCCCCAACACUGUGUAGGCUGUUGAAGUCACUGACAUCCUUGGAUGGCUUAGGGUUGUGUGUGCAGUUUCUUUUCAUAUUCUUCACAUGCUUUUUCUUAAUAAAAAAAUCAUGCCCUUAAAAAAAUAUAUCAUAAGGAGUCCAACAAGUACACAAAAAAGCCCUACCUUGUUUGUGGGUGGCUAUUACACUAAGCUGACAGGCACCAGGCCACACUAAUUUGUUAUAAGAAGGAAUGACAUAUAAUUAACCCAGUGACCCAGAAAACACCUCCCACCAAUUUAUAAUAACUUAACACUGCGAAUAAAAAUCACGCUUUCAAUUAGGGUAAUUCAUUCCUUACGUACCACUUAGAUCUCAUUUAGGCCUCUACAUGCUACCCUCUGUUACCAGCGGCAAAUUGUCUCUUGCACAACCUUCGAAGCUUUAAUUCAUCUGCAAUUGGCUUGGUAUGCAGCAGCAAUGAAGAGAAAAGAAAAUUUAAUAAACAAUUAAACAAUAUUUGGAGAUUGUUUGGUGGUUGUAGAACCACCAGGUUCUACAGACCUGGGCAAGCCGCAUUUCAAAGCAGAUGUGCACCUAAGCUAAUAAAUACAGAGGCAGAAUCUCAGCAGGAAAGAGAGGCCAUUAUCCAUGUACAGUGGUACCUCGGUUUUCGAACACCUUCGUAGUCGAACAUUUUGGAACUCAAAUCCCAAAAACCCGGAAGUAAAUGCCUCAAUUUUGAACACGCCUCGGAGAAGUCGAACAGGAAACGCGGCUUCCGUUUUGAGUUUUCCAUAUUGAGGCUCCUGUUUUCAGUUUUUGAACAUUUCAGAACUCGGACUUCCAUAAUGGAUUGUUAGAAAACCAAGGUACCACUGUAGUUGGAUCAAUUUCUGGCUAGCCGUCUCCAGCUUAUCCACUUUGAAACACCAGCUCUUUACACCUGGGAGAGAGGUGUGGCAUUAGAAGCCAAUGGGUUCAACCGAAGAUCUUGUGUAAUUUGCAUUGAUUCAUUAACUGAAUGGGUGGCUUCAGGAAAGCUAUUGUCUUGUUAUGUUUCCUUCUACAAAAUUAAAACAGCCCACGUCACAACAGAUACACAGAAAUAUAUGUUGCUUCUUUUAUAUACAAAAAAAUGCUACUUAGGUUGUAAACGAGAGAUAUAAUUAUUUUAUGGCAUUUCCCCCUUGCUCUUUGGCAGAAAAAGGCUCCAAGGGUGGCCUACACAUAUGUAAUCAUUCAUCGAGAAAGACUUCAUGAAACGGCAAUGUGAUUUAACAACUGUGGAACCAACAUAUAGGUUGGGGGGGCCAUAUCACAUGGAACACUUGCUACAGGCAACCAUUUAAGGGAAUACCACCCAAUGGGAAUGUUUCUGUGUAUGUAGAUUGCAGUGGAAUGGAAAAAAUCCCUCAAACAAAAAGGCUGGAGGGAACCUGGAUGCCAAGCUCCUGUAGGUCAGUGGUUGCUGCACUGGGACAUUUGUCCAAGGAAGCAAGUUAAGAUAGAUGUAUCUGCUGCUACAUGGUGGCUGAGUGGGCAUUGGACUAAAAAAAUUAGAAGCAUUUAAUCCUGAUUGCAAAGCUGACACCACUUAAUUCUUGCAUAGGUAAGUCAUGGAAACCUGUUAUUCUUAACACCUGUUUUUAUCUUUUUAGCAAAGGAAAUGAAGGUGACCACUAGAAAGAGUAAAACCCCAAGAGGGCUCUGUUACAUUUAAUGCAUUUGAGCAUAUUUCUCAGAAGAGCUACUGAGAUUUUCUCCACCCGCAUUUCCAAAAAAAGGCGUUUCUUGUCUUUACAACAUUUUAAUAAACUUCUGCACAAAUAAAUGGAACUGUACCCUGUGUGGUUUUUUUUUUUUAAAGUGCCCAACAUCAUGCUAUAUCCAGGCUUGAGAAGGCUCUGUAAUGUGUGCAAAUGUCUUGUCCCCCAUUCAUUCAAGUCACUAUAUGCAUAUGGCAGAACAUGCUGUAUAAGCCCACUGAUGGCAGAUACGUAAACACUUUAAAAUAAUUUUUCUGUUCCUCAGGUAGGUGUUGGCGCUCUAUGUGUGCAGAUGUUGGUAGCCGUUACUACCUCCUGUAGAAAGUGAGUCCCAGAGUUUUUGCACAGCAUGAAGGAAUACUUCCUUUUAUCUGUCUUCAAUCUUCAAAUGUUCAGCUUCACUGGACAUUCAUGAGUCCUAGUGUUUCGAGAGAGGGAGAAAAACUUCUGUUUCUCCAUGCCAUGCAUGAUUUUAUAAAUUUCUAUU